UCCAGAUGUUAGGACUUUUAGCUGUGUCGUUGUUGGGCGUGGCCGCGUUCGACCUAUCGCAGUCGAGCGUCCAGCAACCAAUCAGCGAGCCGGAAGUGGUUGUACAACUUAAGUACGACGGGGGUGAAUUGGACCGGAUAUACUUGACGCAGUUUCGCAAGGAUCAGAGAAUCCCGGCAGUUCCCGCGAGACCGACCGUGUGUGCGGAUCUGUGCCAUUCAGGACUCGGCGGCGAAGCAUGCGGAUCCACCUGCAGCGAGCUGAUGCCGGUGGGGCUUAAGUAUGCUUUGAAGAGUGGAAACGUUAGCAGUGAGCAGUUCGGAGAGCCCAGAGUCGCCGUUUGCCCUGUCCUUUGUGAGAAUCAGCUCGGGGAACCACUUUGCGCGUGCUCCGACCUCAUGAAGCAUCUAACAAACUGGACCAUGGUCUGCCACGCAUUUUGUGACACCGACGCCUACACUCUUAAUGGGUGCCCGCCAUGUGAAAACACUUCAGCGCAACCACAGCCACUUCAAGUAGGCACCGCUCUAAAUGUGCGUUUGGACACUAGUGAAGGUUGGCAGGCCUGGUGCAACGUGCAAUGCCGUCAAGGACAGGGUGGUGCUGCUUGUAACUGCGACAGGACCCCCUUUUAAUCCACUAUGACGCAGAAUGACAACAGAAGUUAUCAAUCAUUUUCCGCAACAUGACAUAUUCACGUAAUGGAUAUAUUAAGGAAACAAAGUAUUAAAACAAUCUUUAACGAUAACCUAUUUUAUGCUUUUAACGAAAAUUAAUCUUAAUGUUUUAUUUAUUGUAACGGGAAGACUUGAUAACUUCAGAUAAAAUGAAAUAAGUUUAACGAUACCAGUGAACGAUUUGCUAUAGUUAAUUAUAAUUUUGCUAAUCAUAUAAAUGUUAACAUGAUCAGAUUUCGUUGACAUGGCAAGUUAGUCGUAAGCUUAUGAUCUUUCGCUCCUUUGAAAAUCAGAAAUUAAAUAAAAUAAUGUAUGUAUAACUAACUCUUUAUAAUAACACUUUAAAUCUAAUUCGACAUAUCAAUAAGAAUAUAUAUUCAAAAUAGUUUUAAGUUGUACAUAAGAGAUACUGUGCAAAAGACAAUACACAAUUAGCAUUAGAAUUAAAUACAAAAAGAAUUUGUAUUUUAGUUUUAGUUAAUUAUGUUUAUUAAAUUUUAUUUGUCACUUUUCUUUUUUUUUGUUGAAACCUACCAGUCAAUUAUUAAAUGAGGACAUACUGUGACGGGAAUACAGGCAAAAGACCAUCUCAUGUGCAGUUCUUUCAUUUCUAUCGCCUAAUGGUAGUUAACAUAAACAUAUCCAUACUUUUUUUAAUAUAAUGAUUAGUUUAAAAAAAUCAUAAAUCAAAUUCAGCCCGAGGUUAAUAAUUCGCUGACGUAUCACAAUGAUGUCCUAAAAGAAAUUAUGUUGACUCCCUAAAGUUUUCAAUUUUAAAAUUCGUGUAGUAGACGAGUAGAAUUGAUGUUUGUAGAUCUUUUUGUAGAAUUUUAAUGAUAGGAUCACAUGUUAAGAUGGUUCGGAGGUAAAUCGACCAUAUGUUUGAUAAAGUGUAAAUUAUUGUUAGAAUUAACUGUAAAAUUAAAAAAGGCAACUUACCUUAAACUGUCUUUUUCCCUUAACACAGACUUGUUUAACUUAAAAAGCAUCACUUCUGUGUGACAAAUUUCAUUUAACACUUCCACAUGUUUACGUUACACAUACACACAUUUCGUUACAAACACAACUAGAAUAGAAAUGAAGUCACUCUCCAAUCUGUGUUAAUAAGGCCUUGCUAUUAAUUCUUCAAUUCCGUUUUAGUUUACACGAGUAUCACAAUCAGUAGAUAAAUGAAUUAUGUACCGUAAUAUAAAUUACACGAUGCAGAAAGUUUAUAUUUAUAUACCUAUAUUUUCACUAAUGUAUUGCACAAUUAAUAUUUUUAAGACGUGUUAAUGUAUAUAAUAAUCUUAAUUGUAAAACUUACAUAAUUGGUCGGAGGUCUCCGAUAGUGUGUACCCAAAACGUAAAUAAAACUUAUUUAAACGAAAUACGUAGACAUUGACCUAUGCUCUCUGAUAUUUUUUGUUGUGCAUGAUCACUGUAAAAGAAGCAAAGAUUGUCUUAAUUAGACCGAGAUACAUGUAUUAAAUAAAAUUUGAAAUUUGUAAAGAAAUAUUAGAUAUUUUUAACUUUAAUUUUGUAGCAAAUAAUCGUACUUAAGGUUAGCAUAGAACAACCAAGAAUUAUCGUAACAAACAAUAUCACAUAUGUCUUCCAUUAAAUAAGUGUUAGGUAUCGAUACGUAUUCAAUGGUGUAAUGUUACAGUAGGUUAGUUUCUCGUAAUGUAGAUAUAACUAUGAUGUUACAUUUUUCGCUCUUAUUGUAAAAAAUCAAGUAGACUUUGUUUUAAUCAUUAACCCAAAAUUAAUUAAAAAUUACGUACGAGGUUAGUGUAUUUUAAAUAUACAUCGGAAAAAUGCCGCUACCAUCAGCAGUAUAAUAUGUUAUUAAACUGUCACAGGGCUCUUACAAUAAAUUAACAAAUAAAUGAGGCUUAAGAAAUUUAUUUCCCGAUACUGCUAAAUGUAUAAAUAAACGGCUAUUAGAGUCGAUAGUUAUAGUGAAUCCAUAGUCAUAUACUAAUUCAAAUUGAAAAAUAUAUACAUAUUAUAUAAAUAAUUAAUACGCUAUUGCUCCGGCAAUUAAAUAUAUUAAAACAUUAAACGUAAGAUUUUUAUUGUGUUUCAUCGAAUUCAUUAAUAAGAUGACGUCACAUUAUCUUUGUAGUCAGCUACAGUGAGGACAAUUUUAAAAAGGUUGGGACUUCGGAUGGGCCGUCGGGGGUCAUAAAUAUCGUAAGUUUGUUUUUGCAAAGGAAUGAAGAAGUUCAGAAUUACAUAAUUUUAUUAUCAAGAUAUGAUUCAGGUUAAAGUCAUAAUACUAUUAUAGUCAUAGUCAAUAAAGUCAAAUACAAAUUCAGUAAAAAAGUUAGAACUUAUUGAAUAUUCAUGGUGUUUCUUAUAAGUAACUAUAAUAUGUAUUAAACCCGUUUAUUUCAAGUUUUAAUUGUCACGUAUUUUUUGAGUCAGUUUUAAUACUAUUUAAUGUUUUAACAGAAAUUAUAUUUAACUAACGAUAACAAAAAACAUCUUCCAUGUGCUUUUAAAUUAGCCUGGCCUGUUGUAGAUUUAUAUCUGUUCGUAGUAAUACCAAUAAAAUAUACCUACAUACUUA